AUGCAGGAAGAGAGACUCAGAAGGUUGAAGCAUCGGAUGAAGGUUAACUUUGAUGCUUCCAGAGUAGAACAUCAGGAAGGUUUGAAAGCUCUAUGGUCUGCCACAUACCCUGGUCAGGAGCUCCAUGGCUUAGUAUCAGAUCAAUGGAAAGAAAUGGGUUGGCAGGGCAAAGAUCCAUCAACUGAUUUCAGAGGAGCGGGAUUCAUUUCGUUGGAGAACUCAUUGUUUUUUGCCAAGACAUUUUCAACAUCUUUCCAGUGUCUAUUAAAAAAGCAAGGAGGGAAGCGAGCUGCGUGGGAGUAUCCAUUUGCUGUUGCUGGUGUAAAUAUCACAUUCAUGAUCAUGCAAAUGCUUGAUCUAGAUGCCACAAAACCCAGGACGUUUGUCAGAACUGUUUUCUUGCAGAUGUUGUCAGAAAAUGAGUGGGCAUUUGACUUGCUUUAUUGUGUGGCUUUUGUGGUUAUGGACAAGCAAUGGCUUUUCCAUAGGAUGUUUUGAAAUCGACUCGGGCUCAGCUUGAGAAGGAACUUCUAAUGGACGAUGUCCUACGGAUCGACGACAUGCCCUCUUAUACCCUGCUCUUUUAAACCGUGGCCAAUCCAAAGCAUUGCAGGCCAGGGAUGUCUCAAAUUGAAUAUAUCUUUAUUAUAGGAGCUCUUACCGUCUUCCACAUGACACAACCGUCCAAUUGGUUUAUUCUUUCAUACACCUCUUUCGACUCCUUUCUCUGCAACAGUUUUUUAAUCUUUUAACAAUGGUGAGUACUGGGAAAGUACGAGGACAUUUAAUAAGGUAAUCUUUUUGUCUUUCUUCUUCUGUAUAUGAGAAACUUUGAUGAGAUGAGUAGUCUUUUUCUUUUGCUUUUGCUUUUGAUUCUCUGAUCAAUUCAAUGUUGGAAAAGCUUGGAUGUAACUGGUAUCAGAGGAUUGAAGUUAAAUCGUUAUGCAAAUCUGUUUCAGAUUUUUCUAUUUAAGAAAUCCAUUUGUUUAUUGUUGGUUUUC